CUCUGAUCAAAUUGAUCAGAUCGCCGCUCGUCGACGAAAUCGAGUACAACGGCGAGAUCCCGAGGAUCAUUCGGCUGCUGGACUGUAAAGAUCAGGAGACGAAGGUUAUGGCGAUGGAUUGCGUGCUGGAAAUGGGGUAUUUUGGGAGGAAGGAAGCCAUCGACGCGAUGCUUGGAGAAGGGUUGAUCGAGAAGCUGUUGGAGCUGCAGAGAUCGGAAUUGGGCGGGGAUUUGAUCGGGAUGGAGAGGUUCGACUCUGACUCUGAAUUCGACUCUGAUUCCGACGGCGGCGGAGAAGGGCAGAAGAAGAAGAAGAGGAAGGAGAAGGGGUUUUUGGAGAGGCACCCGUUUGCGAGCUGCGUGGCGAGAUUCGCCGUGCAGUUGGAGGUCGGAGAAGGGCUGCGGCAGAGGGAGAAGAGGGCUCUGAAGCCGGAGAUUCUGCGGCGGGUGAAGGAAGGCUGCGUCUCCGACGCCGAAGCCACCACCAUUGUCGCCGAAGUUCUCUGGGGAUCCUCGCCGUGAAUAAGUAAAGGAGAGAGGCGGCG